UAUUUCAAGAGAAAAAGAAAAAAGAAUUUCCUGUUUAUUGUGCACUUUGUACAAAGUUAUGAAAUACAUCGUAUCAAACAUGAAUAGGUUGUAACAUACAAAUGACAUCUAGGCGUACAGUACGUUUAAAUUCACCAGCAAGAUUUGAACACAGGGUGAGUAUGGCUAGUACGAGUGGCUCUCGAACUCACGAACGAUUAAGAAAGGAAUUAAAAUACUUUUUCAUGAAUCCGUGUCAGAAGUACAAAUAUAGAAAAAGAAAGCCAUUCAAAUUGACGAUACAAAUAUUUAAGAUAACUUUUGUCACAAUACAGUUAAUAAUAUUUGGCCAACAUAACCAAGACAGAGUUGCUUUCAUGGACGAUAAUCUUGAAGUGUUUCGACAUAAUCUGAUGAACAAUGUGAGUCGACUUUAUGAGAAGAAUGAAGUUUAUUCAAAAGUCAACUAUCUCAGACAACAGUAUGUCAAGUUAAAGAAUUCUUCUGUUGGAAUUUAUGGAUAUUUACAAAUGGGACCCACUAUUAAUUGUCCGAUGGCCAAACCAACUUCCAAUAGAAGUAACAACCCCCACAAAGUUUCAUCUAAACACGACACUUCACCCCCACCAGUCUAUAUGUGUGUGGAUCAAUACACAGACUACCAAAUAGAAAAUGAAACUUUUCAGUUUAAUCCAAAAUCAAGAAAUAAAACAUGUAUGUUUCUUCGUAAAUGGAACAAGAAUGAACUAACAGUGGAUUUUAACCAAUCUGUCCCAUUAUGCAAUGGUUCAUCGUAUAGUAUUGAUUUCCACGGGCUGAUCAAUCUGGAUUUAAAAUUUGGUGUUCGAACAAUUUGGUUGAAGAAUCCGGCGAGUUAUUAUCAAGCUGAUUGUUAUAAUGUGUCAAUAUCGGUUAAUUUCAACAACCAGCGUCACAAUGGGAUAAUAAUUGAAGCUAUUUCCUCGCAAUUCGGUCUCACCCCAUGUCACAGUGCUACACCUGCUAAAAUAUUUGAUAGUUUUUUAUUGUUUCUUGAUUGUUUCAUCAUAGUAACGUGUUGUGCUUCUAUGAUCUUAUGCACAAGGUCCGUUUGGAGAGCUCAGCGACUUAGAAAGUCAUUCGAGCGAUAUUACAAAAAGCAUCACGAAAAAAGAUUGAGCUGGUGGACUAAACUAGAGUUUGUUAACGGGUGGUACCUCCUAAUUAUAAUCAGUGAUAUAUUAACCAUAACUGGUUCAAUUAUAAAGAUGGCACUACAAAUGCAGUGGUAUGGGACCGUAAACUACGAUUCAUGCAGUUUGUUUCUUGGUGUUGGAUGUUUAUGUGUUUGGGUGGGUGUGUUACGUUACGUGGGAUAUUUCCAUCAAUAUAAUAUUCUAGUGUUGACACUAAAGAAUGCAAUGCCACAUGUGUUGCGGUUUAUGGUUUGUGCAUCACUGUUAUACCUUGGGUACAUGUUCUGUGGGUGGGUUGUAUUGGGACCCUACCAUCAUAAGUUUCGCAACCCUGUUGUGACGUCAGAAGCUUUAUUCUCGCUAAUAAAUGGUGAUGACAUGUAUAUGACGUUUGAAGAGAUGGCUAAGACAAGUAACUUGGCAUGGGUGUUCUCACAGGUCUACCUUUACACUUUCAUCGCUUUGUUCAUUUACGUGGUGCUUAGUUUAUUUAUUGCUGUGAUUAUGGAGACUUAUGAAACUAUUCAGGAAUGGCAGAAAGAAGGGUUUCCACCACAAUCUGAAAUCCAGAAGUUUAUAUCUGAAGGUUUGGAGGAAGAUAUUGAGUUUAAUUAUAAUUCCGAUACUUACUGUUGUUGCUGCUUGUAUAGGAAUAAUGACCCUGACAUUAGCACUGAUGACGAGCAGAGUGAAUGUGAAAACACAGAUGAUGACAUCUUGAUUAUUACGUAACAAUACUCUAUAAAUUGUCAUAACCGUACUUCUCUUCAUUCUUAUAUAUAACUAUGCUUGAAUUCUAAACACCAAAUUUCUUGCAGUUCAGCACUUUGUGCAAUAGUAUAUGUUGCUUCUGUUUUAAUUUAAUUCACGCCACUUGCCUUUUAUUGUUCAUUACUUCUGUAAGCCUUUUAAUCGCUCAAUAAAAUUCAUUUUACUGUAUGAACAGUAAUUUUA